UCUUACAUAAUUAUUUCAAUAUUUCAGAGAUCAGUAUGUGCCCGUCAUCUAUAGCAGCAUGGUUUUACGCACGCAAUUAUAGUGUUUGUCUUUGUUGCCAGAAAUUUUCUCAAAAAACCAAAUAUUCAUUAACGAUACCUACUUAUGAGGACACAUGUAAUAACACUAAUAUCGAUUUUUUUGAAUGGCUGGGAGUCUUCAGCAUUGAUGGUGAUCUAUCUACUAAGGGUGAAGAUAAUUAUGCAAGUAUAUAUCAGCGUCCUUCUCCUUCGAUAUAUGUUAAACAGGUGCAGCAUUUACAGUGGACUGGAUUCUUCACACGACAAAAGAUCCAAGAAGUAUAUAAUGCUCUAAAACAAUAUAUAUUAUCACGAGAUACUUUACCAUGGAUUAGUUUAGACAUACAAGGAUUUGCAGAUAGUGCUAUUAGCUUUGAUUUGAAAGAGCAUACGUUCUUGACUGAUGGAGACAAUAGUUACACUAUUGUAUUUCAACCGAAAGAUAAAGUCGUUAUACGAAGAAAUUGAAGUUCAAAUAGUAAGAUAAAAGUACAUCAUUAACUUUUUCUUGUUAAUAAAUACCUGUUUUAUAUUAUACUCAUCAACAAAAUUAUCGCAACAUACAC